AUGUCCCGAUCACCACAAGCCCUCCUUCGACUGCCCCCCAAACGAACCUUCACAACCUCAGGCCCUCACCUCAAAUCCCAACCCUACAGCAAAUCUUCCACGAGGCAGCAAACCCAAGGAAAAGCCGACCCAAAGUCAACAACAGACGGGAAACCCGAGCCAGCACCCCGCUGGAAACGCCUCAUCUGGACCGGCGCCUUCGCCGCGACGGCAUUCACCGGGUCCAUCUACGGCGCCGGGUUGAAGACGCAGAGGGAGUGGAACGAGGAAAAACAAAAGGUCCAGGAGCUCACCGCCGACGAAAAAGUGGCCAUGCUGGAAAACUCAAAGGCGGAGCUCUGGAAGCAAAAGGUGUCGCUGGAGCAGAAGCUGGGGGAGCUGAGGAGGAGGAUGGAGAAGGAGGAGGAAGGCGUGCCGAAAUAG